AUGACUGAUUACAUACUCAACGGAUUCCCAGAUAGUUACGAAAACCCAAGAAAGAUUCCAAAAGCCGAUUUUAUUGAAGACGUAGAAGUCCUCGUUUCUAAAAAGGGUUCCGAUGUUCAAGAAAUUGUUCAACAAAUCUAUAGAGAACUUCAUCAAAAACAUCAAAAUUAUCAAUAUUUCGAAUUGCGUUUGCAUGAAUCUCGUGAACAAUUAAAGACCAAGAUUCCAGAAAUUAAAAAGACUGUUGAAUCUGUCAAAUUCUUGAAGAAGGCCUUUGAUGGUGAUGAAGAUUCCGAACCACAAGACAAGAUUGAAACUCACUUUAAGCUCGAUGAAACAAUCUUUGCUGAAGCUGUCAUUCCAAAAACCGAUCGUGUUGCUUUGUGGUUAGGUUGUGAUAUCAUGGUUGAAUAUUCUUUGGCCGAAGCUUUGGAAUUGUUGAAUAAGAAUUAUGAAUUGGCCGAACAAAAAUUGAAGGAAAUCAAUGAAGAUCUUGCCUAUCUUAAGGAUCAAAAGACUACGACGGAAGUUAACAUGAGCAGAGUUCACAACUUUGGUAUCAAGAAGAAGAAUGAAAAGAAAUAA